CUCAAAAGGCUGCCUGCCACACAAAAAGCGGACUCGGAAUUGGUCCAAACAUUUCCGCAUAGCACUUGGCACAGUGAAGAUGCUGCGGCAGAACACCAGCACCAGCAUGCUGGCCCUCAACACCAACGACGCGCACAAUGGGAACAGCCCCAGCCAUGGGCAGUCCCUGGACAUGGAUGCGCUCCCCAAGCAGUUUGUGAUGUCCAUGAAGAAGCUCUUCGACAUACUGGACGAUAAGCAGAGUGGCUAUGUGAGGUAUGUGGAUAUCGAAAAGGGUUGGCAGGACGACGGCUCGAAGGGACUGCCGCGCGGUGUCCUCGACUCGCUGCGCCGUGUCACGCCCAGCUGUGGCCUGCUCUCCUUCGAGCGCUUCUGCGCCGGACUGAAGCUCUGCCUGCUGCGCAAUCAGCAACAGAUGAGCGAGGCCAAGAUUCGGCCGAGAUCCCAGCCGCAAAGUCUGGGCGCAGAACUGGAGUACGGAUCGCCAGCACCACCGCCGAAGCCACCGCGUCAGACAGCAACAGUGGCCACAUCGCCGUCCGCUUCUUUGGGCAAGGCAGACAUUCGCCAUGCCCUGCAGAACUGGCAGCUGAAUCUGAUGCACAGCGAGCGGGAUGCGAGUGCGAAUGCAGUCAAGCAGAAGUCGCUGACGCUGAAGACAGCCCGCGAGCAAUUCGAGCAUCGCGGGUCCGCGGAUGGUGGCUCAUCAUCCACCUCGGCCUCGGCCACUGACUGGAGCCUGGCCCUGCCACCGAAGAAGUCGAGCAGCAAGCGACGCGAGUCGCGCAGACACACGCUGCAGAACGGCAUCGACUACAACAUGCUGAAGCGGCUCAAGCACCUGGAGGAGCAGCGGGAGCUGCUGCUGUUCGGCCUGGACGGGGUGGAGAAGGCGCGGGACUGGUACAUGCAGCAGGUGCUCAACGUGCAGGAGCAGAUCAAGUAUUUCGGGCGACUCGGCACCAGAUUCGAUCAAUGGUCGGAGCUGCAGCAGGAGCGUCUUAACUUCCAGCGUGCACGCGUUCUGGAGGCUAACCGCAGUCUGGCCAUUCUGGCCGACACAUGGGAGCAUGGCGGAUAUCCGCUGCACAUCAAUCUGGCCAUGCCGUCCAAGCUCUCCGAUCUGCUGGAACGCGGCAAUCUCUACGAGCAGCAGCAGCAGCAUCCGCACCAGCUCCAGCAGUUCCACAAUAUGCGUGCCAUGUCAAAUUUCGUCCUCAGCCAGCCCUCCCCCGAGAGCCAGUCGUCCGCGGGUCUGGGCGACGCCGAUGUGGUCUACUAGGAACAGGAACUGGACUACUUUGUAAAUAGUUUGUGUAUUAUUAAAUGGCUCAACAGUC